UACAACACUAAUGUACCAGCGAAGCAGAUGAGCAGAGACUAAAUGAAUGAGGAAAACGUCUGUCCUGGAGUUUUUAUCGUCACACAACGAUAAAUGCGGAGUUUAUCUACACUGUGUGGACCUUAAAACCUCCCGAAGAUUAUCACUCUCACAGUGGACAUGCACCUACGAUGAAAAUAUCAGACUCCUCCAUGGGAGAACUUGCAAAAUAGCAGGGUGUUCAGGCCACAGUCCUCGCCCUUUCGACCUUCACGUCAAGUCAAAAGAUGAAUGCGAGAAGGCAUAAGGUGAAGGUCAAUGGCAAAGCAAGCAGAAAACAUGGAUGUGGUAAAAAAAAGAGACGCGUCAUGUGUGACAUUGAUAAAUAAAGGUGAGCUACUCUCAAAAGUUGGCCUCUCUAAUCUCAAUCUAAUGAAACCUGGCAUUGGCGCACAUUGGCUUGCAUCUCUACUUUUUUCUGUUUUGUGUUACUUCUGCCUGUGCGAGACACGAGGAGCCAAAAGAUGUUUGUAUUGGAAAGAUCUCAUUGCUGAUUGGGACAUGACAACUCUCUACUAUCAUCACAAAUUGGACUUAUGAUUUUAUGCAAUUUGGACAUUGUACAAGCUUCCGAGGAAGGACUUCCACGGGAGUCCAAGUGAGCCAACCUAUAAGUCGGAGUGGUCCACAAGGGUGGCUCUAUCUGAAGCCAUGCGGGCAUGGAUGCUACUUUUGCUGACCUUCGAGGUUGGCAUUUUCGCUGAAGUAACAAGUCCAUCAUCCAAUACGUUGCAGCAAUCAUCUGGGCCUCCAAAUUCUGAAGGCAUGAGGACACAGGCUAAACCCACAGAGAUGUUUCUGGGAAGUAUCAAAGCGGAACUUUUGAGUGAGGAGCAAAAGCAUAUUAAUAAGGGAUCAUCAACUCUUUCACUCAAUCAGGAUUUAACUCAAGCAAAUUUUCCAUCUGUCACAAUUGAGAAGGAAAAAGAAACAGUUAUCUUAAACCCUCACAUUCAGUUUGAGGGGCCUACAGCUCCAGGUCUCAGAUCGGAAUGGACGAGUUCAGAGAGCUCUGAGAAAGUCAGAGAUACAACUAUGAACGGUGGUAAUGUAGUUACAAGUAGCAAUUUAUUAGCUGAAGAUGGAGACUCGGCACCUCAGACAGAGGAAGCGUCAGGCUUUGCUGUUCCAAAAGCAGCAAGUAGGCAAAAUGGAGAUGCAGAAUCUGAGGAAACGUCACAAGAGCUUCCUGAAAGGGACAGAGAUGAAGAUGGGAAAGACUUGAGUAACAGUCACCUCCUUAAGGUUUAUGAUCCACCAUCAACUGAAACUACCCCUACGUCCCGCCCUGGGGAAUCCAUCCAAUCACAAGAAUCUCCAUUGAAUGCUCCUACAACAACAAACCAGCGACGCACACCUGAGGGACUACGAUUGAGGCCUGGGCCUCAAGGUCAAAUGGGCUUGCAGGGUCCACCAGGUCUACCGGGAUUUCCAGGACCAAAAGGAGACAAAGGAUAUCAGGGUGUGAUGGGAAGAACUGGACAGACUGGGUACAUGGGGCCCAUUGGUCCGCCUGGAAUGCCAGCUAUUGUUGUGUUUAAAACAUCUGAAGAGGAAUGGGAGGCGUUCAAGAAAACGAAAUUCUACACAAAGCUGAUUUUGUCAUGGCCGAAGCAGAAGGGACGUCCGGGACCUCCUGGACCUCGCGGAACUGAAGGACUAAUUGGGGUGCCUGGAAUUCCAGGGAAGCAAGGUCGAAAAGGAUUUCUGGGAAAAAUCGGUGUCCCUGGGCCACAAGGUUUGCCAGGGCCACAGGGCCGACCGGGCAAUGAUGGGACUCCGGGGAUGAAUGCAGAACCAGGACCCCCAGGCCCACCUGGAGAACAGGGACUGCAAGGCUACACUGGAGAUAAAGGCAGCACCGGGGAGCCGGGUGAGUGGGGUUAUGAAGGAGAGCCUGGACCACAAGGAACUCGAGGUGGAAAAGGAGACAAGGGGAAUAAAGGUGCCAGAGGAAUUGUCGGGAUGCCGGGCUACACGGGAAUAGCAGGAAUCAGGGGUCCUCAAGGUUUCCAUGGAACACCAGGACCAAGGGGAGCACCUGGUGCAAUAGGCUUUUGUGGACCACCAGGCACACACGGGAAAAUGGGCCCGAGAGGAAGAAAAGGCGUCCCCGGAGUAAAAGGACCUCCUGGUCAACAAGGUGAAAUUGGUCCGAGAGGAGCAGUUGGGCCACAGGGAGUGCCUGGUCCUAUCGGAACAGUUGGCAUUCCAGGUGUACGUGGUCCUCAGGGGAAGCCUGGGCCUGUUGGAGCCCCAGGUCCAAAGGGAUACGCUGGUGGUCCAGGAGAUGAAGGAGAUAUAGGAGAACCUGGACCUCCUGGUCUUUAUGGAGCCAAUGGAAAUGCAGGAUUGCCUGGACCCUCAGGUGAUCCCGGAGCGAAAGCCAUGCGCGGUGGAAGAGGUGUUCUAGGAUUUAAGGGAGAUCAGGGGCCUCCAGGGCCUCCAGGGAAGCCAGGAUAUAAGGGGCGUCGAGGCCCAAUGGGACUCGAGGGUGUCGGAGGACCAACAGGACCAGCAGGACUCGCUGGGCCCAGUGGAAUGGAUGGAAUCAUGGGCGAGCAAGGCAAGCAAGGCAAAGAUGGGCCGAAGGGAGAUCAAGGGCCCCCAGGCAAUCAGGGAAAUUCUGGACCUAGAGGAAACAAGGGUCGAGAGGGUCGGGAAGGAUUUUCUGGAAUGCCUGGUCCUUUUGGAGAAAUGGGAAAAUCUGGAGAGCAAGGGCCCGAAGGCGAACCUGGUAUUAAGGGAAGGCUAGGAGUCCCAGCCACCAAUGGGCCCAAAGGGCAAAAGGGUUUACGAGGUUAUUCUGGUGUCGGAGGACAAGAUGGAAUUGAUGGAGCCAUGGGGCCUUUUGGUAUAAAUGGAAUAGCUGGUGACGCUGGAUCGACAGGUCCAAAAGGAUUUUCAGGAAAGACAGGAGCAAGUGGCCCCCAGGGACCUGUCGGGACAAAUGGAGAAGUUGGAAGUACAGGAAUGAGUGGAAUAGCUGGAAAACCGGGGAAGCGAGGGGAAAAAGGAAGAGAAGGGCCUAAGGGACAAGGGGGGAUGGAAGGAAACAAGGGCAAGAGAGGUGAAAAGGGGCCAAGAGGGAAACAAGGUCCGAAGGGCAAGAUGGGCACAGCUGGCCCACGUGGACACACAGGACUCCCAGGUACACAGGGUAACAUUGGACCAUGGGGUGAGGUUGGAGCACAAGGCCAUUCAGGUGAACAGGGGCCACGAGGAGUUGUCGGUCCCAUUGGCAUGAUAGGUUACCCUGGUAAAGAUGGACCUCAAGGAUCAAUUGGCCCUCAUGGAAUCCAAGGUGGCAAGGGACCUAAUGGAGCCGUAGGAGAGGAAGGACCUGCCGGUCUCGAUGGUGAGGAGGGUUUACUUGGACAAAGGGGGCCUGAGGGGCCACAUGGACAAAAUGGAACAUCAGGUGAUAAAGGAAGAAAAGGAUCCACUGGUUCGACAGGCCCAAAGGGAGUCUCGGGUGACCACGGUGUCCCCGGCCGCCAGGGAGUAAAGGGACGUCCAGGGAAGCAGGGGCAUACUGGCGCUCAGGGAGACAGAGGCAAACAAGGAUCUCCUGGAUUCAAGGGGCCACCAGGCCAAAGGGGUCCCCAAGGUUUGCUUGGACAGUUUGGACCGGGAGGUGACACUGGAAACCCAGGAAGCAAAGGCCAGAAAGGACUUCAAGGACAUAUGGGCUCUCCAGGUCGCAUCGGACCACCAGGCAAUAUUGGACCAUCAGCACCAGGUUUGUCAGGUGAGAGAGGACCUGAUGGCAAACCUGGAAAUAAUGGUGCAAAGGGCAUCAGUGGAAAAGUGGGUGAGCUUGGGCCUCCAGGCAUGAAAGGAGACAUGGGAGGGAAGGGUGAAAAGGGGACUAAAGGAGAAGCUGGAACUCAAGGCACAAUGGGCAAACAGGGACUUACCGGCUUCGUUGGUGUUCCUGGUUCUGAAGGUCGACUUGGAUCUGCUGGUCCCCCUGGUAUUCCUGGAAAUAAAGGAAUUCAUGGUGCACCAGGAUUGCCAGGUCAACCAGGUAAUAAGGGAAAUAAAGGUGCGAAGGGAAAAACUGGAGCUGAAGGGCCACCAGGAAACCAAGGACCCGUGGGACGACGCGGAAUACCUGGUUUGGAUGGAUUGGACGGAUUACAUGGGGUGCAGGGUAAUGAAGGCUACCCAGGAACUACUGGCCACACAGGAGCGCGUGGAUCACCAGGCAGGCCUGGUAAACAGGGAACACCUGGACCUCCUGGUCUUACGGGAAAUACUGGAACACAAGGCGUUAAGGGUGAACGUGGUCCACAAGGAGAGACGGGACCUCCUGCACCAGUUGGCCCAAAGGGUAUCCAAGGGCUGACAGGAGAGAAGGGAUCUACAGGAGCAAGUGGUUUUAAGGGUCUAAUGGGUGAAAAGGGCUUACAAGGGCCGGUUGGUCCAGCAGGGAUAAAGGGGAAUUUUGGUCUGCAAGGUGCAAAAGGUGUAACCGGGCAUAAAGGAAAGCAGGGGGAUACUGGACCUCGUGGUACACCUGGACAAAUAGGGCACCCUGGAAAUUUAGGCCAGAUUGGAAUGAAGGGAAUGAAAGGGAUCCAAGGCACCAGUGGAACCAAGGGAGUAAAAGGCAAACAAGGACCUCCAGGAAAUGCAGGUUUACCUGGAAAAAACAAUUCAAGAGUGGAGACCAGACCAGUUAAAAAAUUAGAAGCAUUCCCAAAAUCCAUUAAAGAAUAUAAUUCUGAAGAAAAACACAAUUCAACGAUACAAGAUAGACAACAAAAAGAGCCCAGUCCAAUUAAGACCGACUUGAAAAUGUAUCUAGAAGAUGAGGCAGAGGAAGAAUCUUUCCACUGGCCUCAAGGAACAAAAGACGACCCUGGUACCUCUUGCUACGAGUUGGGUCUCGUACACCCACAGUUCAGUGAUGGUUACUUUUACAUGGACCCCAACCAAGGUUGUCCCUAUGACGCUUUGAGAGUGUUUUGUAACUUCACAGCAGGGGGGAGCACCUGCAUUGACCCACUGCAGUCCCAGAUAACCUUCGAGUGGGAUCGAGAAAAGGACCAGAUAAGAACAUCAUUAAUUCAGUGGUUUAGCCAGCAAUAUGGUGGUGAUAAGUUUGGUUACCUUGGCAUAGAUGUCGUCCAGCUGAGGUUUCUACGCUUACACAGCCUCACAUGUUUCCAGCGUAUGAAGCUAAAAUGGACAUCCAACCACUCUGCAUUGGAUAGCAUGAGUAACUUUCUCCACUUACUCGGAGACUCCCACAAAGACAUCCAUACGCACCAUACCACUGUGUCAACAGGAGGACAUGAGGUGGAAUUGGUUGUGAAAGUUUGGGGCAGCACCGAACUACAUCGAGGUGAUAUGCAGUUACUUCCAAUCAGAGAUUUGGGGAUAGAAAUGGCAUCGCAUUGGGCGCACAUCCCUGAAAUCAAAGCUGAAUUGGGACCCGUCUGCUUCUUGUGACAUAUGACUGUCAGUGCAUGUGAAUGCUAUUUGUGAGUGUUAAUAAAACCCCUGUAAAUAACUAUUGUAAGAAUGUAUGGAGUAUUGACAACGUGCAUUAUCGCUGCUCUCUUUUGUAUAUAUUUAUUGAAUGAAAUUUGUUAGAAGUGGAUAUAUGGCAUCUCUUACAAAUUGUUCACACAAGAUAAAUAUAUUUGCAGGUAUAUAUUUUUUGUAUGAAAAAUCUGAAUGAAA